AUGAUUCCCACCAGGAUCUCCCGGCACAGCGGCCCCCUCUACAAUACAGUGCGAAGAGCGUCGAGUUUCCCCGCCAGCAUCAAGCCCUCCAAGUCAGAGGUACAGCAAGGUUGCCUGAAGCCCCAGAACCUAGAGAUGGCCAUUCGUAAUCUUCAUCAUGACGGAAUCGUCGUGGUCGAGGAUGCGAUUCCCCACGACAGCCUAGAUCGAUUGAAUGACAAAAUGGUCCGGGAUGCGAUCACCCUACAGAACAAAAAGCAGGACAGUCCGUACAACUACAAUCCGGGGAACAUUCAACAAGAUCCGCCUCCGAUCCGCGAAUAUUUCGAGAAAAGUAUCUUCCUAAACCCGCUCGCCCUCCAGGUCACAUCCACUGCCUUGGGUCCCCGUCCCAAAUGGACCUUUUGCUCGGGCAACUCCGCCAUGCCACCGACGGCUAAACACCCCCCGAUGUCCCAGCCCGUACACUCCGACGCCGACUUCGAUCACCCAAAACAUCCCUUCGCGUACGUCGUCAACGUUCCGCUGAUUACAAUGACACCUGAGAACGGAUCCACGGAGGUUUGGGCGGGCACACAUACGGAUUCGGGCCUGCAUGUCCAGGAAGGUAUGCAUGGCGAACGUGCGAGCGGGCGAAUCAAGCUCGAGGAGUUGGAGAAGCGACGCGCCGUUCGGCCGCCGAGUCAGCCAGUCGUGCCUAAGGGGUCGUUUGUUCUGCGUGAUCUUAGACUGUGGCAUGCGGGUGUGGGGAACCAGACUGAUGUGGUUCGGGUUAUGCUGGCUAUGAUCCAUUUCGCGCCGUGGUAUAGGAAUCCUAUGAAGCUGGAGCUGUCGGAUGACUUGAAACCGAUGAUCGAAAGUGAGAAGGGAUUAAAAGUACCCGUUGAUUGGGUGAGCAAAGAGAAGGCACUGUCGCGAUCGGGGACCGUGCAAAGUAUGGCCCAAUCACGAGAGCAAGACCCAUCAAAUGGUGCGGCAGGGAUCAUCUAUCGACCCCGUCGCAACGGCUUUUAUACCGAAAAGAGGAUCAUCAAAAAGUACGAACUUCUACAACAGCGGGUCAUUAGAGUUGUUCAUUGGUCCCAAUUAGAGUAUUCUGAUUCUCGCUUCAGCCGUGACCUCUCAGCUCGCAAGGUCCGGUCUUAUUUCCAAGGCAUAAAAAGGGUCUUGAUGCCCGCUUUGAAUGUAUUAUCAUCUGCAACUCAAAGUCUCAUUUCUAUCUAUCAUUGGAAACCUACACAAACACUCUCUGAGGCUGAGCUUAGCAACAAGAUGGUUGAGCCUUUUUCUGCUUCCUUUGCCAUCGCUGGCCUUCCGGGCAUGUUCAACGCCUGCGUCGAAUCAUUCGACUACAUCCAGCUCGGCAACCACUUCGGCACCCAUUAUGAGAAUAGCUUGAUGAAGCUGAACUUGGCCCGUCUGCGCCUUUCGCGCUGGGGCGAGAGCGUCCAAAUCAACCUCGAAGAUCCAAGCAAAGCACAAAUGCGUCUCGUAGAGCAAUUCUCUGAGGACGCCCAAAAGCAGGUCGGAGAUAUUCUGGGCAACAUCUUAGCCCUCUUUGCCGACGCCGAGCGCGUGACCGGCAAGUACAGGGACAAAGCAAUCAAGGGUGCGGAGAACAGUUCGCUCCAAGAAGGAUCAGAUGAACUGCUACAGAAAAUGAAGGAGCUCGUCAUUCGGCGGAGACAGAAGAACACAAACAUUCUCCGGAAGACGGGCUGGGUCCUGUACGACCAGAAGCAGUUCAACCGGCUGCUUGAAGACAUUACGGAGUUUGUCGACGCGCUCGAGGAGCUGUUUCCGGCCGUGGAGACCCAGCAAAAGCUGGCUGCCAAGGAGGUCAAAGAGCUUCACAAGAGCCCGCAGUUCGGCACUCUGAAGGAAGCGUCGGAGGGUGUGGAUGAAAUCUUUCGCCAGACUUCGCUUCGGACGGGAUUGACCGGAAAUGAUCAUCAUUUUGAAAAGUUGACCGUGGCUGGCACCGGACGUAUUGUGUUUGGAGACGUGGCCAUUCCUGGUGAUGAAUCGAAAGGCCCUAAGAACAAUUAUCUGAAAAUCAGCAUUACAGAUCAUCCGACAGUUGUGUUUGGCAACAUGCGCACGGGAAAGUCUCCUUUUGAUCCAUGA